AUGCCGUAUACGGAGUCAUGCCUGCGCGAAACUAUGCGAAUUGAAACCUUGGUUCCUUUAAAUUUGCCGCAUCGCGCCCAAACUGACACCUCCUUAAAUGGAUACAAUAUACCAAAGAACACUAUGGUCAUAACCAAUUUAUGGAGUAUACACCACGAUUCCGAUAUAUGGGGAGAUCCUGAAGUAUUUCGACCUGAACGAUUUUUGGAUUCACGCGGUUUGUUAAAGAAAAAAGAUAUCACUUUACCAUUUGGAGCAGGAAAACGUUUGUGUGCUGGAGAAACGUUUGCACGUCAGAAUAUGUUCCUGAUGUUUGCAUCCUUAGUUCAAAAUUUCAUAUUUUCACCAGCACCCGGAAAAGAGAAACCGCCGCGCCGGGGAGAACUAUCAGGAUUCAUAAUUUCUCCAAAGGACGUUUGGAUAAAGUACCAAGUGCGAUAUAGUUAA